GUCGUUGUCCGCGGCGGCGGCGGCGCCUAGUGCGGGGAGGAAGGAAGGAAGCCAGGCGGGCCAGCCAGCGAGGCGAGGGCCGGGGCGCGGCGCCGGAGGACAACGAGUACGCGGCGGCGGCAGUAGCAGCGGCAGUAGCAGCAGCAGCAGCAGCCGCGCUGGCUGUCCGGCUGGCCUGGCGGACGAGGCUGGCGAGGCCAGGCCGGGAGCGAGGCAGCGAGAGCCGCCGCGAGGGCGGGCGGGCCAUGGAGCGGGGUGGCCGGAGGAGGCGACGCCGGCACUGCUAGAGGCCCGCCGCCGCCGCCGCCGCUGCUGCCGCUCCCCCCGCAGGCAGGCCGGCCGGCGGCCGGGCCAGGCCAGGCCUCAGGCGCUCGCCCCGCGGAGGCCGACGCAGAGGAGAGGCGGCCCCCGCCCCGUCCCACCCCGAAUCAGAUCGUUUUGGGGAACACACCUUGGUUGGAUUUUAUCUAUGUCCUGCUAACUGCUACUUUCAGCUAUGGAGUCGACGGUUGAUGAUGAAGCGAUGGCGGCAUAAAUGAAGGCCAAGUAAGGAAGGCAGAACGAUGCCCAAGGGUGGGUGUUCUAAAACACCACAAUCGGAAGACUUCUCUCUCAGCAACGACAUGGUGGAGAAACAAACGGGGAAAAAGGAUAAAGAUAAAGUUUCUCUAACCAAGACUCCAAAGUUGGACCGGAAUGAUGGCGGCAAAGAGGUGAAAGAGAGAGCUACAAAACGGAAGUUGCCUUUCACUGUUGGAACAAAUGGAGAUCAAAAAGAUUCGGAUACAGAAAAGCAGGGUCCUGAACGGAAGAGGAUUAAAAAGGAGCCUGCCACGCGGAAGCCCAGCCUGCUCUUUGGGAUGGGACUUUCAGGAAUCCGAGCAGGUUAUCCGCUUUCUGAGCGCCAGCAGGUUGCCCUUCUUAUGCAGAUGACAGCAGAAGAGUCUGCGAACAGUCCAGCAGUAGAUACAACACCAAAGCAUCCCUCUCAGUCCACAGUUUGUCAGAAGGGAACUCCCAACUCUGCCUCCAAAACCAAAGAUAAAGUAAACAAGAGAAAUGAACGCGGAGAGACACGGCUGCACCGGGCAGCGAUCCGAGGCGACGCCCGACGCAUCAAGGAACUCAUUAUUGAGGGUGCAGAUGUCAACGUGAAAGAUUUUGCAGGCUGGACGGCUUUGCACGAGGCAUGCAACCGGGGCUACUAUGACGUUGCGAAGCAGUUGCUUGCUGCAGGCGCCGAGGUCAACACCAAGGGCUUAGAUGACGACACUCCGCUGCAUGACGCAGCCAGCAAUGGGCACUACAAGGUGGUGAAACUGUUGUUACAUUAUGGAGGAAAUCCUCAUCAGCUUAACAGGAGGGGAGAGACGCCAUUAAAAGUAGCGAAUUCCCCCACCAUGGUGAACCUGCUCCUGGGCAAGGCCACAUAUCCUUCCAGUGAAGAAAGCUCCACAGAGAGCUCGGAAGAGGAGGAUGCUCCAUCGUUCGCACCAUCCAGCUCCAUCGAUGGCAAUAACACAGACUCUGAGUUUGAGAAAGGCCUGAAACACAAGGCCAAAAGCCAGGAGCCCCCGAAAGCCAUUACUCCUGUGAAGGACGAGUAUGAAUUCGAUGAGGAUGACGAGCAGGACAGGGUCCCGCCAGUUGACGACAAGCACUUGCUGAAAAAGGAUUACAGGAAAGAGACUAAAGCAAACAGUUUUAUUUCAAUCCCCAAAAUGGAAGUAAAAACCUAUACGAAAAACAGCACAAUUGCACCAAAGAAAGCAGCCCAUCGCAUCCUGUCGGACACAUCGGAUGAAGAGGACACCAGCACUGUGGGGGCCGGUGAGAAGCUGCGGCUGACGACUCACUCCAUCCUUCCCAGCAGCAAGGCUCGAGAGCCUUCCAGCGCCAAACAGCAGAAGGAGAAAAACAAAGUGAAGAAGAAGCGUAAAAAGGAGGUGAAGGGCAAGGAGGUUAAGUUUGGCAAAAAAAAUGACAAGUUUUGUUCCUCUGAAUCAGAGAGCGAAAACCUGGAAAGUGAGGAGGACGACAGAGACUCUGUACAAAGUACUGCCUGUGUAAAGGACUCUCGGCUGGUGUUAAAGGAGUCGUCCUUGUUUAACUCCCUUUCUGCCUCCUCUGCUUCUUCCCAUGGGAGUAUGGGGUCACAGAAGCAUAACCCUAACCUUACAGAGCAGCACUCCAAGCACUGGAGGACAGACAAUUGGAAAACUGUCUCCUCUCCAGCCUGGUCAGAUGUCAGCUCCUUGUCAGAUUCGACACGGACGAGGCUGACCAGCGAGUCGGACUACACGUCCGAGGACUCGAGCGUGGAAUCUCUGAAGCCAGUGAGGAAGAAGCCAGAGCACAAGAAGCGGGCCCAGCAUGUGGGGGCAGUGGCGGCGGCUACCGUGCUGGUGGUGGAGAAGAAGAACUCCUUCCAUGCCAGCGUUGAUGGAGCUAUUCCAAAGCUGGACAAGGAGGGGAAAGUUGUAAAGAAGCAUAAAACCAAACACAAACACAAAGAGAGAGGCCAGUGUCCUGCCACCCAAGACAUGAAAAUAAUCAAAUCCUUUUCUUUUGAGUAUGAGGACUCUAAACAGAAACCUGAAAAGGCUUUGAUGGUAGAGACGGAGAGCCCUGCUGAGAACAAGCUCAAAGGGCUAAAGCAUGAGAGGGAACACUUCAAAAAGGAAGACAAAUUUCUGAAAACGAAAUCCGAGGAGAAGGAGUGGCCAUUUAAAGACGAAGCUGGUAAAAACUCCAAAGAGGAGAAAUCCUUGAGAAAAUCCAAGGAGGCGAGUAAAGACACCAGUAAAUCUUUCAGAGAAGAAAAGACCAGUAGGCUGGAAAAAGAGAAACCCACAAAGGAGAAGUCGCCAAAAGAGGAGAAGCUUCGGAUACACAAGGAGGAGCGGAAGAAAAAGUCCAAGGAUAAGCAGUCUAAGGCUGAAAAGAAAAAUGAACCAAAGGAGGAAAAACCACUGAAAGUGGAGAAAGAGAAGAUCCUGAAAGAGGAGAAGGAGAAAUGUAAAAAAGACAAGGGUUACAGAGAGGAGUCUGGCUUUGAAGAAUUUAGUAAUAAAAACCAGUUUCUGGAAAGCGAGGACACAAAAUUCAGCCUCUCUGACGAUCAGCAAGAUGGGUGGUUUUCCGACUUGUCUGAUUCUUCUUUUGAUUUCAAAGGAGAGGAUAGUUGGGAUUCGCCAGUGACAGACUACAGGGAAAUUAAAAAUGACACUGUGACAAAACUCAUAGAAACAGUGAAGGAGGAGAUAAAAGAUAAAAAGCGGGAGAGUAAAGCAAAAGAUAAGCGAGAAUACAGUGAGAAGCGUGCUGAUAAAGAUACUUUCCUAAAAAAGAAAGAGAGGGAGUACAUUGAGAGGAAUUUGGAGAAGAAAAAGGAUCAGACUGAAAAGCAUAAAGGUAUUCCCAAUUAUCUGCCUGAAAAGGACAAAAAAAGGAAAGAUUCUGCUGAAAGCUUUAAAGAGAGAAAGGAAAAGGAUGCUGGAGAAAUUAGCAAGGAAAGGAGAGACUUGUCUGAUAGCUCUAAAGAUAAAAAAGAUGUUAAAAUAAAGCAAGAGGAGUCCUAUAGAGAUGAGUUCAAAGACUAUGCUUGCGAGGCAUUCUUCAAAGAGAAAUCUGAUCCUGAAUUUAGUGGUAAAAACGUGGAUGCUUGGGAAAGGCAUCAUUCAGGAAAGGAGAAGAAGGAUGUGCCUGAGAAGGACAAGAAGGAAAAAUUAAAACCAGAAAAGUAUAAGGAAAAAUCCAAAGUUGAGGAUAAAGAGAGAAAUGAGAAGGUUCUGGCUGAAAAAAACCAGAAGGACAAAGAACUAGAUAAAGGCUUUAAAGAGAAGAAAGAUCCGAAAGAGAAAUACAAAGAUCCUCACAGCAAAGAUAAAGAGCGGAAGAUGUCCUUAGACCAGGUGAAAGAAAAGAAGGAGAAGAACUUUUCUGGGGACAGGGAGGACUUCCACGAAAGACGGGAUGAGAAAAAAGGCAGAGAGAGGAGCUGGUACAGCAUCUUGGAUAUCUUCACCGAUGAAAGUGAGGAUGAGAAGGAUGCCUGCAGUCUGAGUGGAUUCAGACUUGGGGAGGGCCUUGGGAGCGAGAUGCAUCGGAUGGAUAGUCUACAAGAUAAGGAUGAUGGCAUGGUAGCCGAGCGAGACCUCUACGUCCCUGAGAAACACAGGAAGUAUUCCUCUGAUAGGCAACAUUCUGCUGAGAAGCAGAAAGACAAAGAGUCCAAAGAGAAGAAGAAGGACAAAGGACUAGCAGAGGGUGGGAAGGAGAAAAAAGAGAAGAGCUCCUUCGAAAAACACAAAGAGAAAAAGGACAAAGAUUCAAUUGAGAAGUACAAAGACAGGAAAGAGAGAACCUCAGUAGACUUGGCCCAGGAAAGGAAGACCAAGCAGAAGCUCCCUGAAAAGAUGAAGCAUGCCGGAGAAGAGAAGGUUAAAAACAGGCACAAGGAAAAAAUGGAUAAAGAAUAUACAAAGGAAAAGCGAUCCUCAAAAAGUGGAGAACCAGAGAAAAGCUUGUUGGAGAAGCUGGAGGAAGAAGCCCUCAAUGAGUACAGAGAUGACUCCAACGAUAAAAUUAGUGAGAUUUCCUCCGAUAGCUUCACAGACAGAGGGCAAGACCCAGUGCUCACCAAUCUCUUUGAGUCUUCCAAUCUCUCUCUUGCAGAUAACUCAGAGGAGAAAUUUAAAGAGUGCUUGCCUUUGCCUUGCUUGCCAGAUAAAGUCAAGGAGCGGGAAAGGCACAGGCAUUCCUCCUCCUCCUCAAAGAAAAGUCACGAAAAGGAAAAAGCAAAGAAAGAGAAAACAGAGAAAAAAGAGAAAGCAGAGGAGUUUAAAGACUCAAGCAACAGGAAAGAUUCCACUCAGUACGAGAAGGACUUCACCAUGGAUGGAGAAAGCUUUGGGAUUUCCUACAGCAUGAAAACAGAGGCAGAGGAAGAGCUGGACAAAAAUAUGGAGUAUUUGUUUUCUGAAAAGAAGGACAAAAAUGACUCUGAAAGAGAUGUUCCAAAGAAGGCAGAGAAAGAAAAAGCAUAUGGCUCCAAUGCAGUCAGCACAGCCAAAGAGAAGAAGAAGAGGGACAGGCACAAAGAGAAGUGGAAAGAGGAGAGGGAGAAACAUAGAGACAAACACACUGAUGGGUUCUUCAAGCACCACAAGGAGGAGCAGAAGUCUGCCAAAGACAAGGAUAACCCUCAAGUACUCACUCUCAAGGACAAAUCAAAAGAGGAGCCCCCCAAGUACAAUGACCUCAAAGGGAAGGAGAGGCUCAAAGAUAAUCAAGAGAAGGACAAAUUGGAGUGUCUUAAAAUGAGCAAUGGGAACGAUAAAAUAACCUUCUCCAAAGAAGGCAGCAAGAAGGACAGCAGCAGGCCCCGAGAGAAGCUUUUGGGUGAUGGCGACCUGAUGAUGACCAGCUUUGAGAGGAUGUUGAGCCAAAAAGAUCUUGAGAUCGAAGAGCGCCACAAGAGGCACAAGGAGCGAAUGAAGCAAAUGGAGAAGAUGAGGCACCGCUCUGGAGACCCCAAGUUAAAAGAUAAAGUCAAAGCCAAUGAGGAAUUGCGCAAGAGAAGCCUGGAUCUGACUGCCAAGAAACCACUUGUGCUGGAUACGCAGUUAAAAGACAAGAAGCUCAAGGAUUUGGGCCCGCUUGCACCAGUUGUGUCCCCUGAUAACAAAACCCAACCUGCUGCUGGAGUGGAUUCCAAGGACUGGAUAGCUGGCCCCCAACUGAAGGAAAUCUUACCUGCUUCUCCAAGGCCAGAUCAGAGCAGGCCAACAGGGGUACCCACGCCUGCAUCCGUUGUUUCUUGCCCAAGCUACGAAGAGGUGAUGCAGACACCAAGGACUCCAUCUUGCAGCAAUGAGGACUACACGGACCUGAUGUUCGACUGUGCAGAUUCUCAGCAUUCGCUCCCCAUAUCCACCAUGUCCAUGAAUGCCUGUUCUCCUUCCUUUUUUGACAGAUACGCCAAUCCUUCUGGUGGAUUCCCUGAGAACCCAAGCCAGACCCCAACAAGGACCAUUCCCUCCACAAAUCUUCACCGGUCGAUGUCAGUAGAUAUCAGAAGAGCACCAGAAGAGGAGUUCAGUGUUGGGGACAAAUUUUUCAGGCAACAAAGUGUCCCAGCCACUGCGAAUUAUGAAUCUCCAGUUCAGCACUUGAUGGAGGAGAAAGUCCUCCUUCCCUCUCUCUCCAUGGAAAAGUUCCCACGUUUGUCUCCAGAAUGUUAUUCCCCGGACUAUGGAGUCCCAUCUCCUAAAGCGGAGGCAUUGCACUGUGUGCCAGGAGCCGUUGGCAGUGUUGCCCAGUCCCCUGAAAGUGUCCUUUCUGGACGGCAAGCCAAGUCUUCUCCCUCUCACAGAGACGAGCUGCUGGCCCCUUCCAUUGAGAGUGCUCUCCCACCAGAUCUCGGCAUAGCAUUAGACAUGGAGGAAGAGCAGCAGGCAACAGCUUCCGUUAUGCCCCCCGAGUCCAGCUUUCUCCCACCAGUUGAGGAGAACCACUUUGGCUCGGUUAUUCCGGAGCAGAACAGUGCUGAGUGGGAGGACGCGGCGGCACAAGAAUUGGAUCCUUCUGUUCCUUCGAGCUUGAUUGGCAGUCCUUCCGACCACCCUGUCGGCUGGGCAGUGGGCUCAGAGCUGCUCCUUAAAUCGCCCCAGCAGGGCCUGGAGUCCCCCAAGCCUUUCUGUUCUCCAGACUCCACGCAUCCUGCGCCAGGGCCCUUCAUUUCUGCUGAUUACCCCAACUCCCCUGCUUCAUACCCCCUCUUAGUGUCUGAAUCAGGGCUUGAUAAGGCAAAGGAAGACAUUGAAGGAGAAGUCCCGCUUGAAAUGGCAGUGACAGAACAGCAAGCGCCAUAUGCAGAUUCUCCUGCUCAGUUAGAUUCUGCCUUCAGCACCUGCAAGCCUGUCCCGGAAGAAGCGUCUGACAUGCCUCUGCAGCCGGCCAGCAUGCCAGCAGAAUCCCAGGUGGAGGCUGUGAAUGUUCUAGAAAAGGAUGACUUGGAAAGCAGCGCCAUUGUCCCUGUCAGUUCAGAGGAGCCCGUCACGUGGCCUGAACCAUUCACAAAUGCAGACGACGACUUGGACCUUGGCCCUUUCACUGUGCCGGUUCUGCCAUUUCAAACGAAAGAGGUGCCAGAGGCGGAAGUGGCGGAAGCAGAGUUGGCUGCUGUUGAAGGAGGCCAUGCUGCUGCUCCGGACGCACUGGGCACUGGGCUUGUGGAUGCAGGGGUGUCCUUGGCUACCAACGAGCAGGAGGAGCUGACCCUGAAGCAGCAGAGCACCCCGUCUGAGGAGCCAGAACCACAAACUGAUGAGCAGAAGCCCGAAGAGAUUUCACCAGAAGUUGCGUCGGAAGGGUCUGGUGCCCCAGAGCGGAAGAGUGUGGAAGAACCGGAGACCCCCCAGAAUAUCCAGGAGGCAGCAUCGGCAGACCUUUCUGAGCUGGAGGCCAAGGGGGCAGGAGCAGAUGGGGAAGAACUGUUGCCAGCUGCUCUUCCAUCCGACAGUGGCUCUCAACCCAGUUUGAGCCAAGCCAACCGAGCGGAGAGUGUUGAUGCUCAAGAUGGGGUCGUGGCCCGGGGCACCAGCCAGGCUCCUUCUUCCCUGGCUGAAGCGCCGCAAGGGGGCACCCAGCCAGAAGCCCCCGAGCCAGCCCCCAAGCCAGUCCCUGAAGCCCCCAAGCCCCCCAAAAUAGAAGAGAUCCCUCAGCGGAUCACCAGGAACCGGGCCCAGAUGCUUGCCAACCAACACAAGCAGAACAAUGCUGCUAAUGCCGCCGCCGCCGCUUCUGAAAAGGAGUUCCCUCCUGCCGCUGCCCCCUCGACACGGGCCAAGGGGCGUGUCACGGAGGAGGAGGACGCCCAGGCCCAGCACCCACGGAAGCGCCGGUUCCAGCGCUCGAACCAGCAGCAGCAGCUGCAGCAGAUCAACACCUCCACUCAGCAGACGCGCGAGAUGAUCCAGCAGACUCUGGCCGCCAUUGUGGACGCCAUCAAGCUGGACGACAUUGAGCCCUACCACAGCGACCGGUCCAAUCCCUACUUCGAGUACCUGCAGAUCCGGAAGAAGAUAGAAGAAAAACGGAAAAUCCUCUGCUACAUCACGCCCCAAGCGCCCCAGUGCUAUGCCGAGUACGUCACCUACACGGGCUCAUAUCUGCUGGAUGGCAAACCUCUCAGCAAGCUGCACAUUCCAGUGAUUGCGCCCCCGCCCUCCUUGGCAGAGCCCCUCAAGGAGCUGUUCAAGCAGCAGGAAGCCGUUCGGGGCAAGUUGCGGCUCCAGCACAGCAUCGAGCGGGAGAAGCUGAUUGUGUCGUGCGAGCAGGAGAUCCUGAGGGUUCACUGCCGGGCAGCCAGGACGAUCGCCAACCAAGCCGUGCCCUUCAGCGCCUGCACCAUGCUGCUCGACUCGGAGGUCUACAACAUGCCUCUGGAGAACCAGGGGGAUGAAAACAAAUCUGUCCGGGAUCGUUUCAAUGCUCGCCAGUUCAUUUCCUGGUUGCAGGAUGUGGAUGACAAAUACGACCGGAUGAAGACCUGCCUGCUGAUGCGGCAGCAACACGAAGCGGCAGCCCUGAACGCCGUGCAGCGGAUGGAGUGGCAGCUGAAAGUGCAGGAGCUGGACCCUGCCGGCCACAAGUCGCUCUGCGUGAACGAGGUGCCCUCCUUCUACGUGCCCAUGGUGGACGUGAACGAUGACUUUGUGCUCUUGCCAGCAUGACAGGACCUCACCUGGAGACAUUCUCCCUGCAAACUGGCAUGGGGGGGUGCCCCCCGAGGAUGGGUGCAGGCGCUCACACACCCCCCAACCGCUUGCUGAUGAAUCCCGAGUCAGGCGAGGAGGAGGAGGAGGAGGAGGAGGAGGAGGAGGAAGCACACACUCACGAGAGAACCAACGGCACUUUCUUCACAAGGUCUCCUGCCCGCUGGGCAGCGGGAGCAGGGGAGGCACAGCUCCUCCCACCCCAGCCGCUGUGGCAGACGGAAGGCAGGCGGGCGGGCGGGCAGCAGCCUGCACAUGGCAGCAUGGACCAGACUGGAGGGCAGGCGAGCGGCUGGCGGGAGCAGGGGCCGGAGGAGGAAUCCGGGGACACUCUCUGGGCCACGUCGGCUGCCGAGCAGGGGAGGCGGCCAGGGCCCCUCGGCACACUCACCGUUGCGGCAGUUUCCAGCGCUUGGGGCCGCCCCCCCCCUUUUCCUGCUAGUGGACCUCGCUUCGGAGAAGCUGCAGGGCAAAGCCACCGGGGGGGGGAUUCUUGGGGAGGGGGCGGCGGGAGGGGGCGCUGUCGCUGCUUGUUGCAUCCGGGCCACAGGAAGACCAGCUGAGCCAAGGAAGCACCCGGCCGGACCCUGGAGGUGGGGCAGGAAGGGCCACCUGGACGGGAGACCCCCCAGGUGCGUUCUAGGUAACCGUCGAGACCGUGGGGUCAGGGGGCCACCAGGCACCCGACCCCCCCUGGACAUCAAAGCAGCGCAGAGCAAGGACUGCGUGGCUCUGUUUUUAAAUGGAGUAAAAUCCAUAUGGUUUAUAUAUAUAUAUAUAAAAUAUAUAUAUAUAAAUAUAUAUUUUUCCUUUAAUCUUGGGCAUUUUGUUUCUCUUUCUGAGAACAUAACUUGAAAAAAAAAAAAGAUACACUACAAGAGCCAAUACUCGUAUAAAGAUAAAUUGUAUCACAAAAAAUGCUGUACAGUUUUUAUAUACAUUAACAAUGUACUUUUUUGCUGCCUUCUAGAUAAUUUAUUUUGCAACACAUUACUGCACAGUUGUAAAUAACUUAUGUACUGUAACAUCACUUUCAGUCAUGUGUAAAGAAAUAAAUAAAUUAAUUGAAAUUA